UAGUAAUGCGGUCUGUAAAAAUAUAUUUGUUGUAACUAUUAAGCAGAAACUUAAUGCUGACCGUUUCCAUUUUGUUGGUAGCAAAGUAACAUUAGCUGUACACAAACCUAUACCUAAUGCUGACUGGCUGGCUAAUUAUAGCUGCCCAUGUACCGAACUGUCUUGCGUGAGCGCAGGCUUUCCUCCAUCAAAGCGGCUUCCCGUGUUGCCCCGGCUUCGAAUCAGAGCGGCCCGCCAUGGGAAAGAAGACACCGAGGCGGCCUGAAGACGAGGCAGGGUCUUCGGAGGAGGAGGAAGAAUACGUGGUGGAGAAAGUCCUGGACCGGAGGGUGGUGAAGGGGAGAGUGGAGUACUUCCUCAAGUGGAAAGGUUUUUCAGAAAAACACAACACCUGGGAGCCAGAAAAGAACCUGGAUUGUCCUGAGCUCAUUGGCAAUUUCCUGAAGACUUACAAGAAGGGCGGAGAUGGAGAUGGAGAUGGAGAUGGAGAUGGCGCCCAGGCCAAUAGCGCGGCAUCGUCAGUGGGGCGGUCCUCUGCCACCAAGAGGAAGAACUCCACUGAAGAAGAGGAGGGCGCCAAGCUUAAGAAGAAAAAAGAGGACUGUUUGAUUGCACGCGGGUUCGAGAGGGGUCUGGAACCGGAGAAGAUCAUUGGUGCCACAGACUCCUGCGGGGAUCUCAUGUUCCUCAUGAAAUGGAAAGACUCCGACGAGGCUGACCUGGUGCUGGCGAAAGAGGCCAAUCACAAGUGUCCGCAGAUCGUCAUUGCGUUCUACGAGGAGAGGCUCACCUGGCACGAGGAUGGAGACAAGAAGGAGAAGGAUGCCGUGACUGCGUGAGGGUGGAGCUGCCCGAAGGAGCCUAUGGAGUUGCCCCAAGCGCGUAACCUGCCCGGAGACGGACGUGUAACACGCUCAGCUCCGCCCUCUGGAACGGAAAAGACAGGUUUUUUAAAAGACUCAAAACAAACCAACAACAGAGGAUGCUGCUCUUUUACAGUGUCCGUAUAUUUCCGUCCCAUGUUGAGAUGUGUUGCAAUCAAUUUGAAGGGCCAGCUUUCCAUUUUGUUGUACGGCCUGUAUUAGAGGACGAAAAGCAUGUGGCUUUACAGUUUUGUUCUGAGAGUUGGGAUGGACAUUUGAUGACUGAAGUUUUCUGAGUUUUCUUGUCUUGUAAUCUCGUUCUUUCUUUUGAUACACAAGGAAUAGAUUGUGACCGUGUCUGAGUUUGACUGUGUGUGACCUUUGAGAAGCAAGCGAUCUUGUUUUGGGGACGAGGUAUACUUUUAUGCAUCUUUUAACUGGACGCAUGGGUGUAGAAAGGGAAAUAUGGGGUGCUUGUGGCAUAUUUUCUUGGUGUCGACUGGUUUGUCAGUGAUUCUGGGAGAGUACUGCCCAUCAACACCCUGGGGGAUAGAAUUGCUUUAGAUUUUAUUACUUCUUCCUCUGUCUUAUGUACUAUACUGUUUAUGUACUUAUGUACUAUACUGAGAGUAUUUUCUUCUUCUUUCAGGGUUUUCCCUACAUUGCAUACUUUGAGAGCACUGAAACUAAGUGUGACACAAGACAAUAUCAAAUCAUAUUUCAGAAUGGAGAGAAAAGCUGUUGAUGAGCAGGAAAUCUUACUUUGAUGUGUGCAGCUUCAGGAGGAAAGGGUAAAUCCUGGCCUAGUUCUGAAUCGUCAGCUUUGCUGUCGUCUGAAAGAUGCUAAGUGCCGUGUGUCUUUGGCCCUUUAGAAAAGCAAUAAUAAUUACCGUGUCCAUUGGAAUUUCACGAAUUUGUGGGAUUCUUAAACUACGGCUUUUAAACUGCAAUUUCAGCGUGAAAAUGGCCACGUCGAACCAUGCAUUUGCCACGCCCGCUAGUGGCCUUUUCUGAAAAGGAGCCGAUAAAGUUGUGUACAUAAACUGAACAUAUAAUCUAUGGUGUGUGAGUUUACUGAGCGACCUCUACACAUUUUGAAUAUCUAUGCGGCGUGCCACUUCAGGUUGUCCUAGCAUCCCUUUUCUGUGACAGAUUCAACAGGGUUUUUAGAAAUAUACGAUGUUGAUUAAUGGUGCUGAUUAGUAAAAGGCAUACCUGUACCAAUAUGUAGUUUGAGUGUUGCCAUCUUUUUUCCCUUUUUUAUGAUGUGUAUGCCCUCCUGCUAUCCUCUGGACCCUUUGACAUAUCUUUCAGACAUUUUAAAAUAUUCAUGUUAUGUCUUUGGAAGUGUCCACACGUAGACUGCCUGGCACUUUUGAUUUUGUAUGUUCUUAUCAAAUUGUAGUAAACCUCAUUUUUAACAGCGAAAUAAAUUGUCUGUCAUUAAGUCAGA